GCAGCCGCCGCCCGCAGGUGUUGGCCGCUGACCCCCGACCAUGCCGGCUGACCUGAGUGGCACCUGGAACCUGCUCAGCAGCGACAACUUCGAGGGCUACAUGCUGGCCCUAGGUAUUGACUUUGCCACUCGUAAGAUAGCCAAAUUGCUAAAGCCACAGAAAGUGAUCGAACAAAAUGGGGAUUCCUUUGCCAUCCACACAUACAGUAGCCUAAGGAACUACCUCGUUAAAUUCAAAGUCGGAGAAGAAUUUGAUGAAGAUAACAAAGGACUGGAUAACAGAAAAUGCAAGAGCUUGGUUACCUGGGAUCAUGACAGACUCACUUGUGUACAGAAUGGGGAGAAGAAGAACAGAGGUUGGACCCACUGGAUCGAAGGAGACAAGCUCCACCUGGAAAUGUUCUGUGAAGGUCAAGUGUGUAAACAGACUUUCCAGAGAGCCUGACCAUACCCAGCAGCAGGGCCCACCUUCAGCUGCAGCUCAAUGGCGAGUGACAUUGCAGAAUGAACCUUGUUCACCUGUCCUGGCGUGGUGAUGGGGACUUGUGGCUGGAGAGACAUCAUGCAGCCUAUACACCAGAAGCCAUUUGGAUUGUGGGAAAGCUGCACAGCUUCAAUAAACCUCUCCAGGCGACUCUGAUAUUUUUCUUUUAAAGUUAGCAUGGCCUAUUGUUUAAAGAAUCACUUGAAAGCUGUCUUGGUGCACAAGGUACACACCAGUGGUACAUACUGUGUGUUAUGGCUUCAAUCUCUGGGUUUAGGGGCACAGUAUUCAGUUCAUAACUGAAGGUGUGGAGGAGUAAGUCAGUCAUAGGACCCAGUAUAGAUUUAGGGACACAAUUGGGCGGAACAGGGCAAUAGGGUGCAAA